CUUUCGCCGCCUGGGAGCCUUCCGGUCCAGCGGUCCGCCAGGUCUCCGCGGUUCCCGCCCUCUUUCAUCCCGGGAGACGGUUCCGUGAGGAGCCGCGCGCUGUGCAUUCGGGCAUGCCCCGCUACGAGCUGGCUUUGAUUCUGAAAGCCAUGCAGCGGGGUUGGUACAGUAGGCUUCACUAGACUUAGCUGCAACUCAGAAUUUCUCCUCCAGCACCUGAGUAAAUGCUGAUGGUCUUGUGGAGAGUGGAUUAAGAGUACGAGCUAAGUUCUCAAUCCCAAUUAAGAAGCGGAGGAAAAUUUAAACUGUCUCCUUCAAAGUAUAUCACAACCACCACCAUCAAGACAGCAAACCAAAGGACAAAGACUUUGACCUGCUGUGUUACUCUGUGUAGUCCAGUUCACGUAUGGUUUACGUGACUUGGCUGGGGUUACUAAUGAGUAAAUAAAAAGGCGGACACUUCUGUCAUUGGACACUUUUAUUCACAAAGUUACCAAAAUGAGGGCUGUGCUGGAGACAGCAGACAUUGCCAUAGUGGCCCUGUAUUUUAUCCUGGUCAUGUGCAUUGGUUUUUUUGCCAUGUGGAAAUCUAAUAGAAGCACCGUGAGUGGAUACUUCCUGGCGGGGCGCUCUAUGACCUGGGUGGCAAUUGGUGCCUCUCUGUUUGUGAGCAAUAUUGGGAGUGAGCACUUCAUUGGGCUGGCAGGAUCUGGAGCUGCAAGUGGAUUUGCAGUGGGCGCAUGGGAAUUCAAUGCCUUACUGCUUUUGCAACUUCUGGGAUGGGUUUUCAUCCCAAUUUACAUCCGGUCAGGGGUGUACACCAUGCCUGAAUACUUGUCCAAGCGAUUUGGUGGCCAUAGGAUUCAGGUCUAUUUUGCAGCCUUGUCUCUGAUUCUCUAUAUCUUCACCAAGCUCUCAGUGGAUCUGUAUUCGGGUGCCCUCUUUAUCCAGGAGUCUUUGGGUUGGAACCUUUAUGUGUCUGUCAUCCUGCUCAUUGGCAUGACUGCUUUGCUGACUGUCACCGGAGGCCUGGUUGCAGUGAUCUACACAGACACCCUGCAGGCUCUACUCAUGAUCGUGGGGGCGCUCACACUCAUGAUUAUUAGCAUGAUGGAGAUUGGCGGGUUUGAGGAAGUUAAGAGAAGGUACAUGUUGGCCUCACCCAAUGUCACUUCCAUCUUGUUGACAUACAACCUUUCCAACACAAAUUCUUGUAAUGUCCACCCUAAGAAAGAUGCGCUGAAAAUGUUACGGAAUCCAACAGAUGAAGAUGUCCCUUGGCCUGGAUUCAUUCUUGGGCAGACCCCAGCUUCAGUGUGGUACUGGUGUGCUGACCAAGUCAUCGUGCAGAGGGUCCUAGCGGCUAAAAACAUUGCUCAUGCCAAAGGCUCUACUCUGAUGGCUGGCUUCUUGAAGCUUCUGCCCAUGUUUAUCAUAGUUGUCCCAGGAAUGAUUUCCAGGAUACUGUUUGCUGAUGAUAUAGCUUGCAUCAACCCAGAGCACUGCAUGCAAGUGUGUGGAAGCAGAGCUGGGUGCUCUAAUAUUGCUUACCCGCGCCUGGUGAUGAAGCUGGUUCCCGUGGGCCUCCGGGGCCUGAUGAUGGCGGUGAUGAUCGCAGCGCUGAUGAGUGACUUGGACUCCAUCUUUAACAGCGCCAGUACCAUAUUCACCCUCGACGUGUACAAACUCAUCCGCAAGAGUGCAAGCUCCCGGGAACUGAUGAUUGUGGGGAGGAUAUUUGUGGCUUUUAUGGUGGUGAUCAGCAUCGCCUGGGUGCCCAUCAUCGUGGAGAUGCAAGGAGGCCAGAUGUACCUUUACAUUCAGGAGGUAGCAGAUUACCUGACCCCCCCGGUUGCAGCCCUGUUCCUUCUGGCGAUUUUCUGGAAGCGCUGCAAUGAGCAAGGGGCCUUCUAUGGUGGAAUGGCUGGCUUUAUUCUCGGAGCAGUCCGUUUGACACUGGCCUUUGCCUACCGUGCCCCGGAAUGCGACCAACCUGAUGAGAGGCCAGGCUUCAUCAAAGACAUCCAUUACAUGUACGUGGCCACAGCACUGUUUUGGGUCACAGGACUCAUCACUGUAAUUGUCAGUCUUCUCACGCCACCUCCCACGAAGGAACAGAUUCGUACCACCACCUUUUGGUCUAAGAAGAGCCUGGUGGUAAAGGAGAGCUGUUCCCCAAAAGAUGAACCGUACAAAAUGCAAGAGAAGAGCAUUCUGAGAUGCAGUGAGAAUAGUGAGGCCAUCAACCAGAUCAUUCCCAAUGGGAAAUCUGAAGAUAGCAUUAAGGGCAUUCAGCCCGAAGAUGUUAAUCUGUUGGUGACCUGCAAAGAGGAGGGCAACCCAGUGUCUUCCUUGGGUCAUUCAGAGGCAGAAACACCAGUAGAUGCUUAUUCCAACGGGCAGGCAGCUCUCAUGGGUGAGAAAGAGAGAAAGAAAGAAACAGAAGAUGGAAGCCGGUACUGGAAGUUCAUAGAUUGGUUCUGUGGCUUUAAAAGUAAGAGCCUCAGCAAGAGGAGUCUCAGAGACCUGAUGGAGGAGGAGGCUGUUUGUUUACAAAUGUUGGAAGAACCUCCACAAGUUAAAAUAAUACUAAAUAUUGGACUUUUUGCUGUGUGUUCACUUGGAAUUUUCAUGUUUGUUUAUUUCUCCUUAUGAACUUUUAAGGAUAUGAUGAGACACUAACUUAAGAAAAUUCUAGUCUUUGGGAAAAAAACAAAACAAAAACCUUAUGUAACUGUUGCAUCUCUCAGGCAUUGUUUACGCUGUAGGUUUUAGCCAAAUUUUACUUAGCAGAAAAUCAUCUAUUUGCAAGACUUUAUUUUCCCAGAGAUGGAUGAAAGCAAAUUUUCAACCUAAUUGAAGUAAAACUUGUUUAACAUUAAGACUGAAUUGUGCAAAUGUGGUUUAAAAUUUUCCAUACCAAAGUAAGGAGAGACCCGUUAUUCUCAUAGAGCACUUAGAGCAGAAUAUAUGCUAAGAUAUCACGGAUAAGAUGUACUGUCUGCACUGCCAAAACUUGGUAGGCCUUCUUACCUGAGUAGAAGACUUGCUCAUUUUAAAGUUUUUUCUGUCUCUGUAAUCUCUACCCUCAUUUAAAAAAAUCUGAAUUUGUAGACAUUGUAUAAUCAGUUAUGUACUGAAACUCUAACAUGUGCUGUGGGGUACUUGUUUCAGGCCAAGUCAGUUUGCGAGGUUCAUUUUGUUAGCAUGAGCCUAUGGAUUCUGAAUGUUGAAAGAAAGGAGGAAUGUUUUUCUGUAGCUAUUCUUGUGCCACCAGUAUAUGGAAUAUUGGGGAAAAGUUUUUUUUCUGAGGUUUUUCUUCUAUUUUUUCUUUCUUUGAAGUUUAAGUGAAUCAUACUUAAAUGACCACCAAGUCUGUCUUUAUACAGUUGUGUGUCACGAUUGUAUUGCUAAUGAUUGUGGGGGGAAAAUGAAGUAACAUUGCUGAUCAUCCCCGAAUUUACUGACCACAUUAAGGCUGUCUAUAUGGUUCGGAUAUAACACCAGCCCCUAAGCAGUGUUUGAUCCACUUAAAGCUGAUCAUGUGAUUACUCGUAUUCCAUUAAUUCUCUAGCUCUGUUCUUGUAGUUGGGCAACAUUCUUUCUUAGUCAGGGAUCUUCCCAAGUGCAUCUAUUUGGAAGAUAUGUCCAGAAAUUUGGAGGAAAAUUAAUGCUGCUUUUGUGCUGGGCUGCCCUACUUGAUUACAUCGUGAUAUAUUGAGGUUGAGGUUUUAGAGUGAAAAUUUAAUUCUAAGAUUACUCCGUAUCCUUUAUAAAUUUCCCCCCCGAUUUUCUUUUUCUUCUUCUUCUUUUUUUUUUUUUUUUUUCUUCAAAAGACUUGCCAUCUGUACACAGCCUCUAGAGUAUGAGGAUAUUUCAGUGCAAACUGGCCAUCAGUAACAGAAAACUCAAAAGUGCAUGCUUUGCCAUUGGUGGAUUGUCAGUAUAGCCUUUCUGUAGAAUGGAUAGCAUGUUUAUGAGGUGCCAUGAAUGAGAAUUUCUGGGUUUAGUAGUGUGUCUCGUGGAGGAGAUUACAGAACCUGUAUGAUUAUAAGACCCUCCGUCUUGACAUGGCUUGGUACCCCGUUGCAGUCUUCCUGGAAGAGAAUAUAUUUUUCACAGGUUGAUUCCCCUUCAUUAGGACAGGGUACGAAAGAUGUUGGAGACAAGUUCUGCAGAUUCUUGUAGUUCUUUGUGUAUGCCGUCCUUUUUCCUCCAUGGUUCCGUGAAGGAACCCAGUUGUGUAUCUACUUUCUUUGACUUUCCUGUAAUCUCUGAUUUUUUUUUUAAUUGCAUGAUUUUAUUAACCUUAUAUUCUUUAGGAAGAAUUAUUACUUUUUUAGAUACUUUUUUAGAUUUUGAAUCAAAACUCAGUCCUAAUAACUUUAAAUUUUUUGUAUGUAUAAACUAGUUUCAUUAUGAUGGACUUUGAUCAGUCCAAAGUUGAUUUAGAAGUUAUCAGGUAGCUUAAUGUCUUCCCAUCUCCAGGAGGCUUUCUGAUGGAUGGACUGAGUUUGUAGAUGAAAAAAUAAUUCAUGUAUGAGGAGCAUGAUUUCCUGAGAGCUUAGAGUGCCUUGUAGAACUUUUUUCUUAAUUUCAUUCUUAAGGUUAUAAUAAGCUGGGGGCCAAAUAAAUAGGGACUGUCCUUUUCUCCAGUGUGGAGGCUAAGGCUGUGACAGGUCCAAGGUUACAAAAUCCGUUGGGAAGAACAGAAAACCAGGUGUCCAAAUGUGGACUCGUGGUUUGUCCUCUUUUCUCAAAGGGACUGUUCUUUGGAGACAACUUUUGGUAUUUGGGGAAAUAAUGGGAUCUUAGAUUUUACAAAGUGAUGUGAAGUUGGAAUUAAAAUUUUCUCUGACUCUGAACACAUUGCUGUGUAACUCAGCAGUGAGAAUUGACAGAUUGGCUGGGCAGCCUUCUUACCCUUUCUUUUAAAAGCGUAAAUGAGUAGGUGAUGUUUGAGUGGAUUUCUCCCCCCCCCCUUAUUUAAUGUUGACUCCUAACAGUCAGGAAUAUUACUGUCCCCCUACCUUCUCUGUUGGUGUCUUAGGAUGAUACAUAAAGGACAUCAUUUUUUGUCUGCUUGUGUGUAUAUAGCAGUAGGCCAAGUUUGGAAUACUAAUGUUUGUAAAUAAGGAAUGAAUUAUUAGCAUAUCCGUUAGGAUUGUUUAUUCUUGUCAGUAUAAACAUCACUUUAUUUAGACUGAAGUCCCUGAAGCUUGCCCUUCCUAUUGCCUCCCAGUAAUAGAUAAUGUGCUUGAAUAAGUGUGUAAAUUCCCGAUUGCAACUUCAUUUGAGGGGACCAUUCUUCAGUCUGUAUUUCAUUAGAAUGAUUGUUCAUGGGAUGAUGUAUGGUCUGUCUUAAAGCUAGCAAAAUAGUCAUACUUUACACUAAUGAAGUGGGUCUUAAAUGAUGACAUUGAUCUGUAGACUUUUAACAUAUAUAUAUAUUUUCAUACUGGCUCAAGCUAGGUUUCGGAAUUAGUUUAAGGCUAAGAGUGAUUGACUACAGUAGUUAGCUAAGAGUCAAAAUGAAGCAAGGACACUCGUGUUCAAAGAUGGAGAAAAAUAGUCUAGUGGUAUCCCCAGUUCUUAGACUUUUGUCUUCUCAGGAAGUCUUAGUCUCAAGAUCUGAUGAGAAUAGCUUAUUCCCCUGAUAGGCAGAAUGAUUACUGGUUCCUUUGUGGGGCCUCUGAUUUCCCUGUUCAUCUAAGAAUAUUUUGUCCUCCCACCCUAAGGGGUUUUUGAAAUAGCCAAGCCAGUUUUUUCCCCAGCCAUUCUUUUCUUGGUGAGGUUAUCACUCUCAUCUUGAGGUUAGAGAAGCAUCGAGUAGUAGCAGUGGUGCUGUAUCCUUUGGCCUAAAUCCAGCAGAUCCGAUUUCACAAGGCUUCCAUUUCACUUGGCUCAAAGGAUCCAUUCUUUUCGCUCAAAGAGCCUGGCCAGGGUUGCAGAGCCCGCAAAGCCCUUGCUCUUAGGGAUGACACUUCAAGUACUUCACAGGGACCCAUCGCUUCUCAAAACUGCACAUUUUAAGAAUUGAGUGGGAAGGUUGCUUUUCAUUUCUCUGACCCUGAGGCUAAGUGGGGGCUUGAAAGUCUUGUCCAGGAUGAUCAGAAUCUUUUUUAAGUUUCUGUGUUUCUCAUUCCAUUGCUGUCUUCCCUAUAUUGGGUGUGUGGUUCUUCCCUUCUGUCUUUAGAUUAUCGUUUAUUGUAGCCAGUGGGUUAUCCUCAUUCUUUACCACUCCGCAGACUGGCUCUUUUAUUGGCUAUUAAGAGGUUAGACCCAUUAGUGUUCCCACUUGGCAGUAUCUGGCUACUUGCUUUUUUUCUUACACUUCACUCCCCUAUGUCAUUUUUAUCUGAGGUAUGAGGGCUGGAAAUGACUACAUGGGUAGGUGUCUAGUAGUGACACGUCCCUGUUUCCUGAGUUUGGGUUGAGAGAUGUAUAAAGACCAUUUUUGUUAAAUGACAUGACUCCAGAGACUUUCCGAAGAAGCCAGAGACACUGUUAAGUGAGAGGCUGAGAAAUACUGGGUGAUACAGACUCAACAACUUGGUAAAAGACAAAAUUAGCAUAAAAUGUGUUAGAUAUAUAAGCAUACUCCUUGAACUCUAGAAAUUGAAGCAUCUUUGCUCUCAGCUGCUUUAAACCACUACACAUACAGAUUAGGGUACCAGUGAAUAAGAUCCAGCUCAAACCCCGGUUUGAUGUUAAAUAUUAUAAAGUGUGAGUUUAUUAACAUAUUUGAGGUUAAAGUGACUGACAUUUGAUAUUGAUACUUUAGUAGGGAAAAAUGCUUUUAGGCUUCAGUAUUCAUCAGAUUUCUCAUUAGCCAGCUGCUAAAUUGCUUAAGUCAUUUCAGUGUUAGCAUUAGCCUGAGCAGACUUUACAGACAGGGUAUGGUCCUGUGAGUGUGUCUACCCACCUAGCGUUCAGAGAGACUGGUCUUCCCCUUUGUCUUCCCUCACAUUGCUUUAGUUAUUUACCUUUUUUUUUCCAGCACGUAUCAGAUUCCUGUUUUGAUUUUUUUUUUUUUUUUUUUGUCAGCUUGAUUCACUUUCAGGCUUAUUGCCACGGUGUGCAAAAGUGCUACUUUGUCCCAGAUUUGAAGACUUUGAAUACAAAGAAUGAUUCAUUAAAUAAAGUUGGGUUUAAAUAAACUAAAUUUUUAUUAGCUUAAACUGUUAAUUCUCAAGAAUUAUUUUCUCAAAUUAGUGUCAGAGAAAGUGUAUUCACUCAUAAUAAAAGCCCUAAUAAUAAUUUAUCAGUAUUUUAUUAUCAAAACUCAUUUUUAAAAAAUUAGGGAGGCAACAAUACUUAAAAUUUUACACCAGUCCCUUUGAAAUGAUGGUAUCUCACUGCAGAGGGGCGUGGCGUUUGUUUUGAUGCCAAAAAGCCUUCUUAUAGUAAUUAAAGGUAAAAAGUUGAAACUAGUUAGUUGGUAGAUAGAGAAACCCUUUUGUACUAGUUAGAUAUGAAGCUGGAUUACAUAAGAAGUAAUCUUUUGUUCACUACACUUGGUUAGACUUGGUUGACAACUCAGGGCUGCAAAUCCCUUUUUCUCCAUUAAGCUAACUUCUCUUAACUUGGUUCUUUUUUUUUCUCGUCAAACUCUCACCCCUAGGAAAAGUAGAUGUUCACAUACUUUGACUUCAGAACAGAAUUUAGCUACAGUUCAAAAUAACUAAUAGGCUUUUCCAGCACUGAGUCCCACACCAUUUGUCAUGUUGUCGUAAAAAUGUUUUCAUUUAAACUUCUCCAGUGGUGGGAAUAAGGCUUUAGACUAUUGAUUGAUCUUUAAAGGAAUGUUGUGAGAAUUGGUAUAAUUUAUGUUUUGGUUUCCAUCUCAAAUCCUUUAUAAAGAUAGGAGUUAGCUUUUUGUUUGGGGUGAAGCACCCCAUUUAUCUGGUUAACGAACAGCCUUAAUGACGGGCAUAUAUAGUCUUUUAAUCAGAAGUAGAUGAGGAGGGUUUGACGUCUCUGUGUCAUUACUUAGCUCAUGCACUUUACUUUUUCAGGGGAGGACCAUAAUCUGAGACUUGACUUAAACCAGUAACCUUAAUUUAUGCAAUGACUUUUAUAGUUAGGUUCGGUUCGGUUACCAGGAUUUAUGACAUGUUGGAAGGGAGGGGUGCUAGAAUACAAAAGCAGCUGAAGAGCAAGUCAAGACAAAGCACAGGGUCUCAGAUUCUUGUUAGUGCAGGAGCAGUGCUUUGCUUUCCUCAGAGAGGCUCUGUACUGUCCUUGUUGCCCAGGAUGAUGGAGCCCCCCACCCCCAGUUUAAGAUCGUUUAACGGUCGGUGAACUCUAUCAAUGAGGGAAAUGACAUUUUUCAGAGAUUUCAACAACAGCACAAAAGUUGAUAGACGAUAACUACACCUUUAUUCGAGACAUACAUAUAUUUAUCGUGGCAAAUUCACCUUGUACCCUAGUGCUGCUGGAUAAAGGAGUGUUUACUUUUUUUAUUGCCUCUGGACAAGCCCGUCUGGAUAAUUUUUCAAUAUACCAACAUAGCCUAUACCUCUGUAAGUGGAAUGUUCCUCAAGAACUCAUUUUUUGUUGUUGUUGUUCUAAUAGUUGGAAACUGAAAUGAAGUUCAUUGCUGUCUAUAUUGUUGAAAUCCCAAAUUGGCGAAGGCCGUUCUAUAAUAUAAUCAGCUUCUGAAACUUAGGUGAUUUGAUUAGUGCCUUCUGGUUGCCAAAAUUGAAUCUGCUAGUUUACACCUUUCCCUUUCUUGACAGAUAACUCUUAUUUGUUACAAUUCCUCUUUUUAAAAUUUUGUUAUAACUAGUGAAGGAAAUACAUUUAUAUUUACAUACUUUAUAUGCAGCCUUUAUUUAGGUUCGAGGAACCAGGUAGGUCUAAUCUUUGUUGCAGCUUAACUUAUUUAUUCAUCCUCUGUAUUUCUUUUGUAUCUGUAAUUAAAAAUGUAAAGUUACUUAUUCUCUGAGUAUAUUUUAACGUUUUUCCACUGUAGGUUUGAUAGGCAUAUCUGAGAACAUAUAUGUGACAACAGUUUCACAUUCUGUGAUAAGAUGCUUAAAGGUCCAUAGAAAGCACAAAACCAUGUUCCCUCAUGUGUGUGUAUCUCCACAUGUAGAAAGCACAAGACGAACAGUAUUCUCAGUAUCCCACAAGUGCCAGGCAUAAAAAGCCCACCACGUGUUUGUCUCGGAGUUGCUAGGAUGAGGACCGUAGUUUUGAAAGCCCUGGACAACGAGGUGCCUCAGAUAGGAGUCCUGAAUCAUAAGCAGGUCAGUGUAGGGAUCUGAGUAGUGUGUACCACGUUGGUGGAGGAGAGAAUAGCAGUGUCAAGAAUGAACUGCAGUUGCCUUGGGGGGUUACCAGCUAAAAUGGGAUCUGUGGGCUCUUUCCUCCAAUCUGGAACUCAAAACAGGGACAGACUUCUGGGUUUUUAGUGGCGGAACAAUUUGACAAAUGGUCUGCUUUAAGCUGUAAAGCCAUCGGAUUUUUGUUUUUUUGUUUUUUACAUCUUAAAUCUUUAUGAAAUUUUACCUGUUGUUAAUAGUACCCUGAAGACAUGGAGAAAUCUCACAUUUUUACAGAGUAAAUACUAAUUUUUAAUCUUUGUGUAAGUUUAAUCUAAAUUUAAUGAAGUUACUUUUUUUAUAUGCUUGACUGCACUUCAUUUUAAUAGAGCAGAAUUUGAUCCAAGUGUUCUGAGCAUCAAAAUAAUUGAGGCAGAUCUGCCAAAUGAACUACUUUGCUUUUCACAAUGGUUGCAACAGUCUGAAGGAUUCUUUUGCCUGUCUCAUUACCUGCUUCAAGGCUAGAUUAGAUAAAAUCUGUGUGUGUGCAAAAGCAGAAAAUGAUGUGUUUGCUUGCACUUGGCAUUGCCCUUACUUUACUCCUCAACUUUCUUCACCUGAAGAGUCCCUCUUUAUCAGCAAUGAAUAAAUACAUCUCUGUCUUAGAUUUUGCCCACACGUCAAGACAGAACGCUUAGCCCAUUUGUCAAAAGACAGAACUCUUAGAAUGAAAGAGAAGUGACUACCUUUGUUCCCACUCUCUUUUUUGUAUAGUGAUCUUCUUAGGGAUACUCAACUUUAAUUGAAGAUUGAAGCUGGUAUAGACUAAAUGGAACAUGUUUUAGAAAAGUUAACCUGAUCACUCUGAGGGAGAGGAUUCCUCUCUCCAGCAAAAACUCGCCAGGUGUGUACCUACAGCGUUUUUUUUUUAGAAUAUAAAACUUCAGGCUUUGGCAGGGCAUAGGGAGAGGAGUACCAGAAAUGCAGGAAAAAGCAGAGGUUUGAGGAACGUCUUUGGCUUAGCAAUAUGUGAUAAGGCAGAGCAGUAAUACCUUGUUAGUCCCAUGUAGGAUGUGCUCCAUACCUUUAAAGGUUGUGUUUAAAUUUCAAAUAGUUUCUAAGAACUUAAAGGAUGCUUUUAAAGAAAGAUUCCUCUAGCAGAAUAUCUUUCAUCUCUAAUUCCUUGGAAAAUUGCUUUAAUUAGUCUAGGUGAAAGUAGUCCUAGCAGUGUAAAUAUGUAUAAUUAGAAUUAUCUAAUUUCACUGUGAGAUCUCUAACUUUUGAGUGGCAAACGGAUCAACAGGUCUUUUGCUCACAGACUUUGCUGUGGGGUUGUUAAAACGCAAAAGCUUUUUUUUUUUUUUUAAAUGACAUAAUACAUUGGUGAAAGAUGACAGUAUGAAAUCUGUUGCCCUGCUCUCCCCACCAAUAUUGCUUCAGUGUGUAGAUUGCCAACAGUGUUCAGAAAUAGAGCAGGGAUUUACCCAUUUUUUGCUUGGACAUCCGUUUUUCUGUUGCCCAGACCUGUGUUGGCAGUCACAUACGAACUAUGUUAUGCUUCUCAGUGCUUUUCCUUCUUCUUCUUUUUUUUUUUUUUGAUAAGGUGGAUAUCAAAAAUAGUUGCUGUGCAAAAGUUAGUAGUCUUCUUCAAGAAGAAAACCAAUUCCUUUUCUAAUAUCCUGUGAAAUUGCUUCAUUCAUUCCUUUAUUUUUAAGCCAAAUGUCAGCAGAGUACUGCUGCUUUUAUCUAGUAAUUUUGAUAUGUAAGUAUUAAUGCAUUUAAAAAAUAUGUCUACAUUGAAAAAUGUUUUUACCAGUGUCUUGCCUCUUAAGCUUUGUUCAGAUGUUCUGGAAGAGACCAGUCUGUGCACUGGGGGUGUGUCUUGUGUCAGUUAUACAUUGUAGACCAAAUGUGAUUUUAAAUGAAAUUGUUGAGUUAUUGGUGAAUUUUUUGAAUUGUAAACUGAUUUCCAGUGUACCGUUCAUUGUCUUAGUUUUUGUUUGUUGGUUUGUUUUUGUUUUUGUUUAACUGAUUGGGUCCAUCUCAUUGUACAAUGUUUUAGUUGCGAGCAGCAAGUAGAAUUUGGUGUAAACCAGGUUAUUUCCAUAUUGAAAGGAAUGCAGUUGAAAUUGUAGAUUUAGGAUUGUUAACCGUACAUGACAAUUCUAACUUGACUAUUCUAACCUAUUGUAUACAAUCUGAUUUUUUUAAAUUGUAGACAUGUUUAAUCUCGGUUUCAAUGUGUUUUUAAAAGUGUUACUGUUUAAAAAAUGAAAAAAAAAUGAAGCAAAUCUGCUAAAGAGCUGUCAGUUUUCAUUACUGACUCUGUAAAAUACACUGUUCUUUGUGUACUGUGUGUUAUUUUGCCAGCUGCUGCAUUAGCCUUUAAAAGUAUUUGGAAACUUAUGAUGAACUACAUUUCUUGCAAAGUAUAUUCCUUCUGUGGUAUUUUGUCCUGUAACUGAAGUAUAGUAAUUAUUUUAUGGAAAUGUUAGCACUUCUGUACCAACUUUGAAUAAAAUGAAAAAUUUACA